CAUUGCAUUUCGCUUUGAACUUAGUUCUUGCAAACAUAUUAUUUAUUUUCAGAUGUCAGAGUCGGCACUUUUAUUAAAUUUGAGCAGAAUAUGAAAAUAGAAUUUAGGUGACUACGUUUAAAUAGGUUUUAUUUUUUUCUUGUACCAUAAACUACCUCUAUUAAAGGUCGCCUUAUUUAAAUUCUUCAGAAAAAGCAAAAUAUACGUGUAUGGGUGGUAGGCUAUUACACUUACAAAAUAUCAGCUUGCUAAUUUAUAGUACUUUUUAGAACUUUAUUCCUAUUUUCCAUCCGAACACUAUUAGAACUAUUUACAACAAGAUGAUACUGAAAAUAUUUGUUAUAGUCUUUCUAAUGGCGGAAGUUCGAGCUUGUUUAUGGGAAAAUAUGCGGGAAUUCGUUCCUUCAGAAUUCUUCGCUAAAUUCGAUAAAGAGGUUUCUCAAAGUGAGGCAUUGGAAUUUGCUUUCUGCAAAGAUAAAAACUUUGUUUACGGCAAAUAUCCUAAAUGCGCACCACUCAGUUAUUCAUCAGGACCAGAUGAAGUGUGCCAAAUAGAGAAGGGAACAGGUAAGAAAACGAAUUGCAAAGACAGAAAAUGCUCUUACAUUGUUCGUUAUGGAUCGACUAAAUACAACAAAAUAGUUGAACUGUACAGACCGAUCAAAAUUGUCACGAAGGAAUGCAGGCCUUAUCAAAAUUCGUGUGGCCAGCUGGGCAAAUAUUACAAUUCAAAUAAUAUUAUGCCAGAACUUUAUCCCAAUUUCGAAUUUUAUCCGCGUGGAACCUCAAAUAGAAGAUCCGAAUGCGAAUGUCAGACUAUUUGGUGCGUUGGUGAAACGUUGACAAUCUACAAAGAAAAAGGAAGAUUGUACAAAGGGGAUGUAUCAAUUAAGAAACCAUGCAAAUGCGAGUGCAGAAAAAAAGUGACCAGAUCGACUUAUGCAGGAUAAGCAAACAAGGGAGAAUGUUGCCGAUAUGUUGAAUCGUUCAUUGUUAAAAUUAUGUACGAUUUCUUGCAUGUGUA